AUGGCGGACGCUCCCAACGAUGCGCCUGUUGCUGCGCCUUUCCAGGCCGUUCAAGUCGAGGCUUUGGUUAUCAUGAAGAUUGCCAAGCACUGCUCUUCGGCUUUCCCUUCUGUUGCGACUGGAGCCAUUGUUGGUAUGGAGAGCGAGGGUCUUCUCGAGGUCACCAACACGUUCCCUUUCCCUACCGUCGACCCCGCUACGACCGAUAGCCACCAGAACGAUGCUUCGCAGAUCGCCGCUGCUGCUCCCCGACAGAAGAACAACAUUCACUACCAAAAUGAGAUGAUCCGACACCUCAAGGAGGUCAACGUCGACGCCAACAACGUUGGUUGGUACACAAGUGCCACCAUGGGCAACUUUGUCAACUUGAACUUCAUCGAGAACCAGUUCCAUUACCAAAGCGCCAACGAGAACACUGUCGCCCUCGUCCACGAUGCUAGCAAGAGCUCUCAGGGCAACUUGACCUUCCGGGCUUUCCGCCUGUCCCCUGCUUUCAUGAGCGCAUACAAGGAGGGCAAGUUCACAACCGAGAGCUUGCAAAAGUCUAAGCUCACCUUCAAGGAUAUCCUCACCGAGGUCCCUGUCAACGUCCACAACUCUCACCUCCUCACAACCUUCCUCCACCAGAUUCCUUCCGCUCCCGUGAAGGGUGAUAUUGAGCAACCCUCAUCGCUGGAUGACCUCAACCGUAACGCUCUCGAGCCUCCUCUGUACCCCUCUAUCGACAACCUCGACCUUGCGAUCGACCCCUUCCUCGAGAAGACCUGCGAUCUUCUGCUCGAGAGCAUCGAGUCUCACUAUACCGACCUCAACAACUUCCAGUUCUACCAGCGACAACUCGGUCGUGAGCAGACCAAGAUUACACAAUGGCAGACCAAGCGCAAGGCUGAGAAUGCCCAACGUGCUGCUGCCAAGCAAGCUCCUCUUCCCGAGGAUGAGUGGCAGCGACUGUUCAAGCUUCCCCAGGAGCCCAGCAGACUGGAGGGUAUGCUGAACGCGAAGCAGGUGGAGCAAUACAGCAAGCAGGUGGAUGGAUUCACAGCCAACGUCAGUGCCAAGAUGUUUGCCGUGCGGGAGAACUUGAUGCCAAAAUAG